AUGAGCACUCUUGUAAUUGGCGACUUCUCCUUCCCACUCGACAUGGUAGCCGGGAAGGAAGGGUUGGAACUGGGCAGAACCUUGAAGAAGUUAGAUUUGAGAUAUCAACGCUUCUGCGAUUCCUACAACCCGGACGACACGCAGAUGUUGGAUGGCGGUGUUGAUGCGGCGGGCGAUGGUGGCUACACGGCGGGCACGGGGAUCACGAACGAGGAACUCGCUCAGCUCCAGUUGAGCCUCCACGCCGCACCUCAGAAGUAUCACAAGGGGUCGGUAACGCGUAUGGCCAAAGCAAGCAGGGUCAAGAAAGCCGGACCUGCUCGCGUCAGGCGUGCGCCUGAAGACGCGCUCUUCUCUGCGAUCGACGGAACAGGCGUCGAUGGCAAUGCUUGGGGCCCGUCUCUCUCAAAGAGCUUCACAUGGUCUUUCCCAGACCAGUUCGGGCUCGUCGAUUCCUUCAAUCUCGACGUUGUCCGUCCCGUCCCUGCGCCAGGCCCAGCUGCGAAGGCCGCAAUCGAACCGGGCAGCGCGAUUACUUGGCCGCUCCCCGACACAUUCUACACGCAACCCGGCAUAUACGAUGCCAACAUUGACUGGGCCCCGCUGCACUCUCUGACUGCGAUUGAGACGCAGUUUGCGCAGAGCGCGGGCUCAUCUUCAUCUUCGGGCUCUUCGACCUCUGUCCAGCAGCAGCCCAUCUUUAACACUUUCAGCGGAGGAACCUCUCUGGGGACUCCUGCGCCCUACAACAUGACACACUGCCCGGCAUCCGUCAGCGGAGGGACCGCGACGAGCACGCAGGAAUGGAGUACGCUGCCAUGGGCACAGGAGGCAGCGAUUUGCGACGUCCCUCCGUCUAAGUCACACGGACAACCCACCGAACGCGGGGGAGGGGGCGCCCGCGCCGAUGACAAGCCCAUGACGUCUCAAUCCCGCGUCGAACUGCUCAUGAACCAGGGCGGACUAUUGCCAGGCCAGCACGAUGACUGGCUCGGCAUCGUUCGCAAGAAUAGCGACGAUAAUCACCGGCUUUAUCGCCACACCGCGCUCGAGGCCAAGUUGCCGAUCGAUGUGCGAAUCAGCAUUGAGCGCCUCCGUACCGCUGCUCGCCAAUCUGAGCGCUCCAGGGCGCACGGUAUGCCAGACCCUUUGAGCGCUUAUUUCGCCCCGAGCGGAAGGCAGGACUACUUCAGGUGCCCGAUCUGCAAUGACGAGAUCAAUGAGUUUCGGAAUCUCUUGCGCCAUGUUGAGAGCCAGAAGCACCUCAACAUCAUCUUCCUCUGCACCUACGAGGCGACGAACACGCCGUUGUGUCAGCAAACAAGAUCUCGCGUGUCGGGCGUGAAUAAACACUUGAAGAAGGAUCACGGGGUGAAGUCCAUCCGCGAGUGGGACAUGAGUAGGAGAACGAGCGCUGAGUAG